AUGGGUCAAAUCCUUUCACAACCAGUAGUUGAAAAACACUCGGAUGAACAUAAAGAUAAAUAUUUAGCUUAUGGUAUAUCAUGUAUGCAAGGAUGGAGAAUUAAUAUGGAAGAUGCUCAUGCUACUAUUUUGAAUUUGUAUGAUUUGCCAUUGAAGAAAUCAUUAUCAUCAAAUUCAGAACAAGAUGAAGAUGAGGAAGAUGAGGAAGAGGAGGCGGAUUCGCAAGAUUCUACUACCACCAACACCACAAAAUCACAACAACAACAAAACCAAAAAGAAGACCUUCAACAAAAUAAUGAUAAACAGAAUCUGCAACAAGAUAUAAAAGAUGGUGAUAAUGAUACUCAAAUGAGUGAUAGUGAUGAAAACCAUCACCAUGCUGCACCACAACAACAACAUAUUGCAUUUUUCGGAGUUUAUGAUGGUCAUGGUGGUGAAAAAGCUGCUAUUUUCACUGGAGAAAAAUUACAUCAUUUGAUUAAAGAAACUAAAGAAUUUAAACAAAAGGAUUAUAUUAAUGCUUUAAAACAAGGAUUUUUAAAUUGUGAUCAAGAAAUUUUAAAAGAUUUUUAUAUGAGAGAUGAUGAUAGUGGAUGUGCUGCCACUUCAGCAAUUAUAACUCCUGAUUUAAUUGUUUGCGGUAAUGCUGGAGAUUCUAGAACUAUCAUGUCAACCAAUGGAUUUGCUAAAGCGUUAUCAUUUGAUCAUAAACCAAGUAAUGAAGGUGAAAAAGCUCGUAUUUGUGCUGCUGGUGGUUAUGUUGAUAUGGGAAGAGUUAAUGGUAAUUUAGCGUUAUCACGUGGUAUUGGUGAUUUUGAUUUUAAGAAAAAUGUUGAUUUACCUGCUGAAGAACAAAUUGUCACUUGUUAUCCUGAUGUAAUACAACAUAAUAUUGAUUAUAAAUCAGAUGAAUUUGUUGUUUUGGCUUGUGAUGGUAUUUGGGAUUGUUUAACUUCACAAAAAUGUGUUGAAUGUGUCAGAAGAGGUAUUUAUGAAAGAAAACUGUUAUCAAUUAUUUGUGAAGAAAUUAUGGAUUUAUGUUGUGCUCCAACUUCAGAUGGAUCGGGUAUUGGAUGUGAUAAUAUGUCAAUUGCCAUUGUUGCAUUAUUAGAUUAUACUAAAAACGAAACUUUAGAUCAAUGGUAUGAAAAAAUCAUAUCCAGAGUUGAACAACAGCAACAACAGAAAAACGAUCCAAAUAGUUUGAACAAAUAUGGUCCAAUUUCUCAACCUUAUAAUGAAUUAUACAAAGAAAUGUAUGGUGAAUAUUAUGAUAUUGGUCAACAAGGUCAAGGUGGAAAUGGUAGAUCAAAUAUUGGCAGUGGUAGUGGUCGUGGUAGUGGUGCAAGUGGUAGUAGUAGUGGUGGUGGCGCUAGUAUUAAUGGUAAUUCUAUAUUUGGAAGAAGUGGAUACGAUGAUGAAGAUGAUGAUGAUGAAGAAAAAAAUAUUGAAAGGAGAAGAAGAGAUCAAGAUGAAUCCAAUUUAAAUGGAGGAGCUAUUUCUUUACAGAAAUUAUUGGCUUCUAAUGCUAUAACAAAUGAAAAUGGUGUAAUAUAUUUAGAUACUUCAUCAGCUCAAUCUCUUUUAGCUCAUUUUGGUGUUGCUGAUGCAGGUGCCCAUGGAGAUGAAGAGGAUGAAGAAGAAGAAGGAGAAGAUGUUCAUCAAGGACUCGCGCAUGAAGAAGAAGAAGAAGAAGAAAAAGAAGGAUCCAAGAUUGAAGAAAUUUCUGAAAAAAUAGAUGAUGAAGUUUAA